AUGUACUUCGUAGAAAGGACAAUCAACCUCAUCGCGAGUAUUUUUGCUGACAUCUGUUCCUCAGAUUUUGGACGGAGAUACAAGGAGGUGUGGAGCCGUCAUGGGGCUGCCGCAGACGAAGAAUACUACAAAAGAAGAACCAACUACUUGCUUUCGAACACGGACGAAUUCCUCGAGUUCGGUCGCCCAUCUUCACCAAAAAUUGUUCACAUUGGGGGUAUUGCUCUGCCAGAGGCUGCUCCACUAUCGGAGAAGUUACAACAAAUUGUUGACCACGUCAACAUGGGUGUGGUGUACAUUUCGUUCGGCUCCGUCGCACCAACUAAUGAGAUGCCCAAGUACUUCCGCGAAGCUAUAAUCGAAGUGGCGAAAGUUUUCAGUAAUUACGAUUUCAUAUGGAAAGUCGAUGAGGGCGACGCUGUACAAAAUAUUUCGAAUUUGCACACUUUCAGCUGGGUUACUCAAGCAGCUCUAAUAGCUCACCCUAGACUGCGAUGUUUCGUGUCACAUGGUGGACUAAACAGUGUUCUAGAAGUGACAAGGAGCGGAAAGCCGUCGAUUAUGGUUCCGAUUUAUGGUGACCAAAUGAGAAAUGCGCGUCUCGUUGAAGUGAAAAAUACAACAAUCGUGAUUGCAAAAGAGGAUUUCAACCGUGUAACCUUCGCUGCUGCUCUCGAACAAGUGCUUAGUGACAAGAGCUACUCUCAGCGAGCGGAACGGCUGGCGUCUCUGAUGGUGAACAAACCAUUUCCUGUACGAGAUCGACUGCUUUCGACCGUAGAGUUCUCCAUUCGACAUGGCCGAAUUUCUGAUCUCGACAUAGGGACGCAUUUAAACACACUACAGUAUUACAGUAUAGACGUUAUGAUCUUUCUAAUCAUUUUCUUCUCAUUCGUUGCAACUACUUUCAUGUAUGUCUUAAGAUACCUAUUUCGCAAAACUGUAAAAGUGAAGGUGCAAUGGUAUCGUCCUCGUAUGCAGAACAUGAGUUCGAGUCGUGCUAACAGCUCUUGCAAGCAAUAUGGCGAAGCUCCUCGUCUUGAACCUGGCCAUCAUAUAGGGAUCGAUAAAUUCCACGCAGUGGAAAUGAAGACAAUUCUGCUAUACCUCUCACUCAGCUUUUUUUCUGUGAAUGCUUACAAAAUUCUCAUCUACUCGGCCCCGUUGGGCUAUUCGCAUACAAUAUUCAUGGGACGUAUCGCUGAUAUUCUCCAAGAAGCUGGUCAUAAUGUG